GAAUGCGCAUGUUUCUUUAUUUAUCUGUUUUAUUUGAUAUUUCAAUUCAUUUGCCUGAGCCUGCAAUUCAUUCACUCCUUUUUUAAAAAGUCAUUUUAUAUCUUUGUUUUUCAUUUUAACUCGACAAAUCAAGAUGAAUCGUCUAUUUGGUCGUGGUAAACCAAAGGAAGCCCCUCCGAACAUAUCUGAUUGUAUUGCUAAUGUCGACAGUCGUGCUGAAUCGAUUGAGAAAAAGAUCCAAAAACUUGACGCCGAACUGAUGAAGUAUAAAGAACAGAUGAACAAAAUGAGAGCUGGACCUGCAAAACAAUCGGUGAUGCAAAAGGCCAUGCGAGUUUUGAAACAGAAAAAGAUGUACGAACAACAAAAGGAUAAUUUAUUGGCUCAAUCGUUUAAUAUGGAGCAAGCAAAUUUUACUACACAAAUGUUGAAAGAUACGAAAGCUACAGUGGAUGCCAUGAGAUUGGGUGUGACUCAAAUGAAGAAAGAAAACAAAAAGGUGAACAUCGAUGAUAUCGAAAAUCUUCAAGACGAGUUAGAGGACAUGCUUGACCAAGCAAAUGAAGUCCAAGAUGCCUUAAAAAGAAGCUACGGAGUUCCCGAUGUCGAUGAAUCAGAGCUGGAGGCUGAAUUGGAAGCACUAGGAUCUGAUUUAGCUGCUGAUGCUGACACUUCAUAUUUAGAAGGUGUUCAGCUUGGUGUUCCUACGGCCCCGAGCAGUGAGCCCGGAAGUAGUGAACUGGUUGACGAGUUCGGACUUCCUAAGAUUCCUGCCUCUUAAAGCGAUUUGAGAAACUGGCAUCCAUCUUUAAAAGGAAACUGGCGCCUCCUACUCAGCUGUUUCUUUAUUGACUAUAAAACUGUUUUUCUUAUUAUCAUUUUUUUUGAAAAAAUCUCCAAAAUGAAAUAAACUGUAAAAUUAUCAGUGAUUACAA